AUGGCUAACUCCACUGGCAUGUCUUUACUUCUGCUGCUGCUGCUGCUUCUGGACUGGCCUGGGGCUAAGUCCCAGACCGAGGCCGUGGCCGACGCCGUGGUAUGUUCGGGGGCUGCCUGCUACACUGCCCACUGGGGCAAGCUGAGUGCGGAAGAGGCCCAGCUCAACUGCAGCACCAAUGGGGGCAACCUGGCCACAGUGAAGAACCCUGAGGAGGCCAGCUGCAUCCAGGAGGCCUUACUCCAACUUAUACAGCCUGAUGCGCCACUGACUCCACGCAGCCGCAAGUUCUGGAUUGGGUUGCAGCGGGAAAAGGGCAAGUGCCUGGACUCCAGCCUGCCGCUGAAGGGCUUCAGCUGGGUGGGCGGUGGGGGAAACACGUCCUAUGCCAAUUGGCAUAAGGAGGUCAAGAACACAUGCAUCUCCAAGCGCUGUGUGUCCCUGCUGCUUGACCUGUCCUCGAUGACCCUCCCUAAGUGGUCUGAGGGCCCCUGUGGGAGCCCUGGCUCCCCAGGAAGCAGCAUCGAGGGCUUCGUGUGCAAGUUUAGUUUCAAAGGCAUGUGCCGGCCUCUAUCCCUGGGGGGUCCAGGCCAGGUUACCUACACCACCCCCUUUGGGGCCACUAGCUCCUCCCUAGAGGCAGUGCCCUUUGCCUCAAUGGCUGCUGUGGCAUGUGGGGAAGAGGGCAAAGAGGGGAGCCAUUAUUUCCUGUGCAAGCAGAAAGGAGCCGACGUGUUUGACUGGGGUAUCUCAGGACCGCUUUGCAUCAGCUCCAAGCUUGGCUGUGGCUUCAACAAAGGGGGCUGCCAGCAAGACUGCCUUGAGGGGGGUGAUGGUUCCUUCCGCUGUGGCUGCUGGCCAGGGUUCCGGCUGCUGGAUGACCUGGUGACCUGUGCCUCCCGAAACCCCUGCAGCUCCAACCCCUGCAAAGGGGUGGCCACAUGUCAGCCUGGGCCCCUUGGGGAAAGUUAUAGGUGUCGCUGUCCCCCAGGCUACCAGCUGGACCUGAGUGAGCUUGACUGCAGUGAUGUGGAUGAGUGCCAAGCCACUCCAUGUGCACAGGAGUGCAUCAACACUCCUGGGAGCUUCCACUGUGCCUGCUGGGUGGGCUAUGAGCCUAGAGAGGGGACCUGUUGGGACUUGGAUGAGUGUGCCCUAGACCGAAACACCUGUGCCCAGGUCUGCACAAACACUGAUGGUUCUUUCCAUUGCUCCUGUGAGGAGGGCUACAUGGUGGCUGGUGAGGAUGGCACCCAGUGCCAGGACAUGGAUGAGUGCACAGGCCCCGGGGGUGGCCCCUGUGGGGGUCUUUGCUUCAAUACGCCAGGCUCCUUCCACUGUGGCUGUCUGCCAGGCUGGGAGCUCUCCCCGAGUGGAAUCUCUUGCACCCUCAGCCGUACGUCCCCUGGGCCACCAUUGGGGGUACCUAUACCCCAAGGAGAGGACCAGGGGAGCACCACUCCUUCUGUAACAUCUAGCCCUCCCAGGGGCCCUGAGACCAUCUCCAAGGAGGUAUACACCAUUGGGAGAUCCUACCCAUCCUCCAGCACCCUCAUCACCCAUCCCUCACCUGAGAUCCUGACCUCCAGUGUGCCCCCCAGCUUCAGGGUGGAGCCCAGCACCAGCCACUCCAUAGCUGCUGCUGGCCAUGGUGAGUCUGCAGGUGGAGAUUCCAUGGCCAAACAAAGUGAAGACAGUACUGAUGGGCAGAAACUGCUUUUGUUCUACAUCCUGGGCACUGUAGUGGCCAUCUUACUACUACUGGCUCUAGCCUUAGGGCUACUGGUCUAUCGCAAGCGGAAAGCGAAGAGGGCAGAGAAGAGGGAGAAAAAAACCCCAAAUGCAGCUGACAGUUACUCUUGGGUCCCUGAACGAGCUGAAAGCAGGGCCACGGAGAAUCAGUACAGGUAA